CAGGACGGACCCAGCCGGGCGGGUAGCCGGAAGUAGUGCGCUGAAGCACAUUGAUAGCACUCAGCGGGAGGCUUGGUGGGCAGCAAGCGGCUGGUGCCGGACAGGAGCGGGGCGACUCCUCCGCGAAGAUUUCGCGCGAGGCGAGAGGAGCCGUAAAGGGGAGCGACACCCCCCUCGCGCGGUAGUCGCUGACCAACCUCUUCCCCCCCGGCGGAGGGGUGACCCCCUCGCAGCGUAUUCGCUUCCCGGCAAGGGGAAGAGCUGAGCUUCCUUGUACCGUCUCUCCACAAAAGAGGUGACGCACGGGGUGAAGACUUGAUCCCCCCACCCCCGCAAGCCCGGCGAGCAGAGGGAACUUAAACUCCCCUGCUCUGUGGUGGGGAAAGCUGAGCAGCCCCCUGCCUUGAAAGCCUGUGCCUGGAGUUGCGUAUGCCCAUCCCGCGCUGGCCUGCGGUGGGCAGAGCUGGGAACUUGCGUCCCAAGUGACUUGCAGUGCGCAGGAGCUGCUCGUUGCCACUGUAAGAUUGUUAGGGAACAGUGGAUCCCCUGUCCAAAAAAAUUCCGGACUUCGUGUGCAACAUGAGUCCAACCAUCUCUUACAAGGACAGCAGCCGGCAGCGCCGGCCUGGCAGCUACCACCAGUCCAUGGACAUGGAGAUCAAGCCUCCACCACCAGCUCCGUACAUGGGUAAUCACACUGAGAGACUAGGAGAAGAUGACACAGAGGCACUGCUCCAGGAGCAUGACUCAGCGUCCUACAUGGUGCCCCGGGGAUAUCGGGCAGAACUGGGUAGUAUCCUGCUCCUCCUUUUUCUCUAUGUACUACAGGGUAUCCCGCUGGGGUUGGCAGGCAGCAUCCCACUCAUCUUGCAGAGCAAGAAUGUCAGCUAUAAGGGCCAGGCUUUUUUCAGCUUUGUCUUUUGGCCUUUCAGUCUGAAGCUGCUCUGGGCCCCAUUGGUGGAUGCAGUCUACUUCAAGAGCUUUGGCCGCCGCAAGUCCUGGCUUGUGCCCACUCAGUACAUCCUGGGUUUUUUUAUGAUGUACCUGUCCACACAGGUAGACUUCCUGUUAGGCGAUGUGGAGGGCAAGAGUCCUGAUGUGGUGGCCCUCACCGUGACUUUCUUUUUGUUUGAGUUCCUGGCCGCCACACAGGACAUUGCUGUGGAUGGCUGGGCACUGACUAUGUUGUCCCGGGAAAAUGUGGGCUAUGCUUCCACUUGUAACUCUGUUGGCCAAACAACUGGUUAUUUUUUGGGAAAUGUCUUGUUCUUGGCCCUUGAAUCUGCCUCUUUUUGUAACAAAUAUUUGCGGUUUCAACCUCAACCCAAAGGAAUUGUUACCCUUUCAGAUUUCCUAUUUUUCUGGGGAGCUGUCUUCUUAAUAACUACUACUUUAGUGGCCCUCUUGAAAAAGGAAAACAAGGAAGUAACAACAUCAAAAGAAGAAACAAAAGGCAUCACUGAUACAUACAAACUGCUCUUCUCGAUAGUAAGAAUGCCAGCGGUUCUUACUUUCUGUAUCCUGAUUUUAACAGCAAAAGUUGGCUUCUCAGCAGCAGAUGCAGUAACAGGACUUAAAUUGGUGGAAGAAGGAGUACCUAAAGAACACUUAGCUCUACUAGCUGUUCCAAUCGUACCUUUACAGAUAAUAUUGCCUCUGAUCAUCAGCAAAUACACAGCAGGUCCGCAGCCACUGAACACAUUUUACAAAGCCAUGCCUUUUAGGUUACUGAUAGGCUUGGAAUUUGCUCUUUUGGUUUGGUGGACUCCUAAAGUACAACAUGAAGGAGGAUUUCCUAUCUAUUACUAUAUUGUGGUGUUGCUGAGUUAUGCUUUACAUCAGAUUACAUUGUACAGCAUGUAUGUUGCUAUAAUGGCUUUCAAUGCCAAAGUUAGUGAUCCAUUGAUUGGAGGAACAUAUAUGACACUUCUAAAUACUGUGUCGAAUCUGGGAGGAAACUGGCCCGCCACGGUAGCUCUUUGGCUUGUUGAUCCACUUACAGUGAAAGAGUGUAUAGGUGCACAGGAACAGAGUUGCGGAACUACAGCUGCUGCAGAACUCUGUACAAAACUUGGUGGCUCUUGUGUUACGACCCUGGAUGGUUAUUAUGUAGAAUCCAUAAUAUGCGUUGCUCUGGGAUUUGUCUGGUGGUUCCUUCUUGGACCAAAACUUAAAAAGCUGCAAGAUGAAGGACAAUCUUCGUGGAAAUGCAAGAGGACCAAUUGAUGUAAUUCAAAUACUGGAUGGAACUAGCAAGUUGUUAGAGCUUAGUUUGAGUGCAGAGACAUUUCAUACUCAUUAAACAGGAGUAUACAUAUUUUUAAAAUGCCAAAUGGUUGGGAAAACUAAGACCACUAAAAGUGGCAUUUGUGUAUGCAGUACCAUUUGCUCUAUGUGAAAAUCUAGUUCAAGUCAGAAAAGUGAUUCUCAAAAAUGGCAAGUUUGUACUACACAUUCAUGUCCUCUAGCUUCAGUCAUGGCUGCUUUAUCUGUUUAGACAAGCAACACUUAAAUUGCAGUGCAGUAGCUAUAGAUGAGCAAACUGUUCCACAUGUAUAUAUCAAAAUCAGCAUUUUCAGCUAAGUUUUGUUCCCUUUUUUAAAAAAGUAAGUUAAGCAGAAACAAUUUUGACUUGAUCAAUUAACAGGCUGGCCUUGGGAGUGCUGUCAUUUAAAAGAUUAUUUAAUUUGUAAACUAAGCAUAUAUAAAAUAGCAGUGAUUGAGGAAGAAUAAAUGUAGAACAAACGUGUCAUUUUCUUAUCACUUUCCUGACCACAACCACACUUCAGUGGACGAAACAGUGUGUUUAAAAGCCUCUUUUAAAUGUAUUUUCUGGCUUUUAUAAGCUUUAAAGAUUUAUAAGAAACAAAAUAUUUUUUAUAGAUUUGAAAGGUACGGUUUUUAAUUUAUUAUCUCCUUGUUUCAAGGCACUUUGUUUCAAAAAGUAGAAGAGGGUUGUUUUUUUUUUUUGUUUGUUUUUUUUUGCAGUAAAACUAGCAUGAGGUGGGAUUUAUGGGAUGAGUGCUGCACAGUGCCCUUAGUAAUCCUUGAGUGUUGAAGGGUCAGAUCGAGUGUUGAAGCUUUUGUGUGUUAAAGGCUAAGCUUCAAAAUAAUAAAAGCUGGCAUAAUCCUUACUGGGUUCUGUUUGCAUUUGUGAGGGAGAAAUGUGACUGGCUGUGUAGUUCUUGUAUUAUGUGAGAAUUGGAACAUACAGAUUUAAAAAAUGAGUGAGAAGUCAUAAACCUGUAUAGCCUAAAGAGAGAGGUGAACAAAAGACAUUUAGUGCCUUUGAAAGAUGUAGUGUGUGGUGACGAUAAAAAUUGCUCAUAAUAUAGCACAUUAACUGGUUAAGAAAUAGGUUGUAACUAAUUGUAUCAAACACGAUAUGUUGCAUCAUCUACAACAAUUCCUUCAAAAACUCAUAAACUGGUACUUUCUAAUUGAGAUUUGCUUGCUACAUUCAUUAUCAGCAGAUGAAUUAGCUUCUUGAGUGCCUUAGUGACGCACACCAUGCUGUGUAUCCAGUGAAAAGGCACUUGUGUAUUUUGUUGGAUGUAUGUUAUACAUCAUUACUUCAACUGAAUAAUAUUAAAAAUACCUUUUUAAAGAUGACAGGUUAAUAUCCGAUUCUUUAUAAUAUUCAAUUAAAUAUCAGAUGUUCCAUCUGUCUUUUGUGCUUUUAAUAUUUUUAAAGGAAACCACUUUUUUUCUGACAUAAAUUAACAUUAAUUCUUGAUUCCUAAUUGAAUUAGCAUUAAACAUAAUGGUAGGGUUUUUAUUCAGGUCUGGAGAGUAAAAGAUUAUUGGUAACAGUUGGGAGAGAAGGGUGGGUGGGUUUGUUGGUUUGUUUGAGUACCAAAGAUUGCUCCCCAACCUCCCCCCACUUCCCUUGCCAUCCUCACCCACAAUUUAAAAAAAAUGCAAGCUUGUAUUUGGCCGGAUGUCAUCAGAGAACACAGAAGCGCAGAACUGAGACAUAGCUGGAGUUAUGAACUUCAGUUUCCUCUUGCUGCAGUGUGUUGGUCCAGUUUAGCAAUAGCAUAUUAUCUGUAGAGUAUCUUAAUUCUCUUAAAAUAACUGAUUAAGAAAUCAAGCCUACUGACUUAAAUAUACAAGCACAGCUCUCGCAUGAAAUAUUUUCAUUUUCCAAAAUCUUUACGAUAAAGCUUAAAUUAUUUGGGUUAAUUUCAAUCCAUGGCUGUCUGCUGGAUAAGUGCAAACAGAACAUACUGCCAGCUUUAGUAGCAUAGAAAAGCAGUUGUCAGUUUUCAGCCAUGACCAAAAGUCCUCUAAUGGCUUGAAUAUGGCUUUUACUUUUUGCCUGUUUUUACAAAAACGUAUGGACUGCAGAAUAUAUACAACUAAAUGCAGACAUUUUUCCAGUUGGCCCUCCUUUUGCAAUUCUGUAUUAAUGUUUUUACAUGUGCCAAGGUGAUUCUUAUUAAUAAAAUAUUUUGUAUUUGAAGUAGCUUAAUCAUCAGAGCAACUUUGCAAUUUCUAAAUAAAACCUAAAACCAAAAUCAGUAGUAAAACAAAGUAAUGUAUUUGAAAUGUACUUUCUUUAGGUAAAAGACAUAGUUUAAUUACUACUUGCAAUGUCUGGUCUGUCAAAUGAAGGAAUAUCUUGUGCUGUAUUUUAACAUAGCUUAAAUUGGAAAUGCUGCAGUUAUAACGUUUGAGUGGCAGAUUGCUAAAUGAUCCUGUUAACCAUACAUGUUCUCUCUCUCUCAUAAAGAGGAAUAAAUUGUUGUUUUGUAGGGGAGGAAUUAACAUCUAAAAUAUGUAACACCAGAUCAGAGAUGCUAAAAACAGUAGCUAUAUUUUAUUAAGAUCUAGACAUGCACAGAUUUCAACCGGCAUGAUGAGAAAGCUUAUUACUUAAUAUUUAAAUGGGAAAUUGGGGAGAGUGCUAUUAUGCGGAAACAUUGCAUAAUGUAAAUGGGUAAAUAUAUUGCCUCUUAGUCAAUAGAUGUUUUGUGGCACCAAGUAAAUAAACUUUUUUUUCCACAGCACACCUAGGGAGCAGAAUGACUAGUGAUCUUUGGACAUGGGCACAUCUAGCUCAUUAGUCUGAAUCUAGUUCUGGAUUGCAGUGAUCAAAAGUCAUUAUCAUUUGUCAUCUAUAAUAAGGAUCUCAGCCAAAUAAGUUCGUGUUCUCAGACCCUUUCUUAGUAGGUAGUUGGUCUUGUCAUAAAUAUCAAGCACUCUUGUUUGGCAAUCACAGCAAAGAGCUGAAGGAUCGAUGGGCCAUGUAAACUGAAGUUAUCUGCUUUGUUUCUAGAUAUCUCUCCAGAACAGAGCUGAGGUGCAUUGGUUGGGCAGUGUGGGAAUGUUCUUGUAUCUAUUUUGUAAAGAGAGUUUUUUUUAUUAUUAUUCUAAUGCUGUCAGUCCAAUACCCUUUGACAAGCAUUUAAACUUUUUCCCCCUUUUUUAAAUUAACAAUUAGUGUUUCAAGUUGCUUAGAAAUACCUUAUUCUUAACUAGAACUCAAGUAGAUUAGCCUAUUACCAACUUUUGUGACGUACCAAUAAUGGCGAGCUUUCUGCAAAGUUGUAAUAUUUCAUUGUAGUUUUUGUGAAAUUACAUUGAAAGCUACCUGAAAACAAACAACCCCAGUGAUCAGAAAUAAAUAAAUAUUUUUAAAAUAAGUUAUAAAUAUAUAACUGACCUGAUAAAGGAUGGUGUAGAGAUCUCAAGUCUUGAUAAAACAGAACAGGGAGAUGUUAGACUGGGGUUUCUCAAUUUUUAUGAACCAGCCUCCCUCCCUUGCCUCAACUUUUUUUAAUAUUGAAGCCUUGAAUCACAAAAUGGAUUUUCUAAUAUAAUCAGGAUGGAACUGGAGCUAUUAAUAUAUUGAUUCUAAUAAAGGAGAUGCUACUUUACAUAAAUCAGACAGCAAGAUCAACAGACUAAUUGUGCAUAGGCUAGGAAACCUUUUAAAAGCAUGAACCUUAAUACCCACAAAGUUGUCAUGGCAAUAUUUGUUCAGCAUUGAAGAGUGCUAUUGGGCACUGCAACCCUGUGUGCCAAGUCACAAUGUGACUUAUUCAAAUGUGGCCCCCAGAUGACCCUCUGUUACGAUGGAGGGGUGGCCAACCUGAAUUUAAGUGGCUGAGACCCUGUGUGUCAGGUCACAAUGUUGCUCACUCAUGUGGUCGUAAUGCCACUCAUUCAGAUUUGGCCUAGUCCUCCAUCAUGAUUGAGGGGUGGCCAAGCCAAAUUUGAGUGAGUGACACUGUGAAUGAGUAAGGUUUGCUGCUGCCCCCCCCCCCCAUGUUGAGAACUGCUAUUACACAGUCUAUGUAACAGAAUGUAUCUUAUUGCAUUAAUCCAACAGACUUCUUAGGAUUCAACCCCGCAAGGUGAGGACUGUAGGAGUUGAGGGUUUGCAGCAUCUUGCAGGAGUACUCAGAAUCUUGCAGGACCAGUCAGAGUACUUAACAUAACCAUUUUUGCACAUUAUCUAAAGCUAUGGCAAAGAGAUGCUUUGAAGGCUGUCUGUAUAUGGUUGGGUGUGUGAUACUUUAUAAUUUAUUAAAUAUUGUUCUGAUAUAAAUCACUACCUUGUAAUUCUAUCAUAAAAAAUCCAGGCUUAGAGGAUUUAUAUUUUGUGAACUCAACUUGAUUCUUUUUUUCCCUACUACAAGUUAAUUGAAAUGUUGUAAAAUGUUCAAACUUAAUACAAAUUUCAAAGAACACUUUUUCCAGUGAAAAUCCUAUAAUAUACGGUAACUUCUAGUUCAUGUUACUAGAUCUACAAGGCUGAAAUCUGUUGUGUGAAACAUUUUAAGUUUGAACCUUCUACAUAGCAUUAAAAGGUUCUUGAUACAGGAACACGGACACUCUUUUUAUUGUUGCCUUGGUUUGUAAGUUUGACUGAACUCUGUACUGUAACUGAAAUGUCAUGACCAUAUUGGUAUUGUCUAAUGUACUGCUUUUUUUCUGAAGAAGCCUAAAACUGGUAAUUUGAGAUAAAGAACUGUAAGAUACAAAAGUGGACCGUUGGUAUGUUAUGAUUACUUCUGUAGUGUUCACACAAUUCUUAAUAAAAGCUGGUAGAAUGUACUGCAUAAAUGAACCUCUUCAAAUUUAGCACUGAGGAGAUGCAAUUUCAGCAGUUGGCUGAUAUCCAGGAACUCUGGUUAAGAAUGAAUUUACUAUGAAAUUCAGUUACUGUUGAACUAUUAUUGAGAAAACAAUAAAAUAGUAUGUGUAUACUGAAAUAUUUCAAAAAACAUUGCUUUUCUAUUAAGUGUACUGUCCUGGAGAUGCAUGUUGUUAAAUGGGGAGAUUUAAAGUUCCAUGUAGUCUCCUUAUGAUACAAGAGAAAUAAAACACACUACCAUUUGAAAUUAUUGUUUAAAGUAAAUUAAAGUGAAUAUUAAUCUUGUUAAACUGGAACAAAACUACAGUGGAACCAUAACUAAGAUGCUCAAGGACUAUUACAAAUGGCUGAUUUUAUUUAAAGUUAUCUCCAAAUCAAUUUUGCUAAAAUGGAAAAACUAAUAUUUUUGUUUGUUUGUAAUGCUGUAGCUAUGUUGGUCCCAGGAUAUGAGAGAGACAAGGUGGAUGAGGUAAUAUCUUUUCCUAGAUCAGCUUCUGCUGGUGGAAGAGAUGAGCUUUUGAGUGUCAAGAGUUCUUCAACCUGAGGAAGAGUUCUGUGAAACUUGAAAGCUUCUCCCUUCCACCAACAGAAGUUGGUCCAGGAAAAGAUAUACAUUACCUCGCCUACCUUGUGUCUCCGAGUUUAUGAUGUCUGUUCUGGGACUCUUAAAACUGUUCACUUAUUAAAGUGUGACAAGACACCAGAUGGUUACUUCCUUGCUCAUCAUUAAAAUACAGAAUUUUGGGGAACUUUA